GAUACACCAGCGCACGCUGCGAGAGGCGAGCCGGACCGCCCGCUGGAUACUCACGAGCUUCUUCAAAUUCACAGAAGAGACAUCCACCCCUCAUAGCGGUUUCCGAAUCAGUUUGUCAAGAGUGUUUGAACAAAACUUUAAGCUUAUUCAGAGGAAUUACUGUCUGGACGGUGCGAUGGGGACUUCAGCUGGGUGUUGAAGAGCAUACGCGUGAAUGAAGAGCAUCUAUACAGAGUACGGAGUCAGUGGUACCCAGAGCACCAAACACCGGACAGGACCUUAAUACAGAUGGAUACCUUCUUUGUUGAGUAACAUUGGUUCAACCACCAUGUAACAGAAACGGUGAAAACCUCAAAGAGAAAAAAGAUCGAAUGGGCCAUUGUUCACCAAGUUAUCAAAGAACACAGACUUUACCACGAACAGUACUCAAACCUCAAGAUGGUACAGGACAAACAAACAAACAAGCACGCAAGUGCCAUCACAACAAAACGAGUGCUCUAGCGUGCAAGAGCCCUCUCGCACAGGGAGCUCGUGUGUGGGUGCGGGUUAAGGAGCAGCUCCUGCCCUCCACCGUCAGCUGCUGUGAUGACCGGACCCUCAUCCUCACCACAGACUACGGAGAGGUGAUAACUCUGGAUCAGGGUGAGGUGAACAGGCUCAAGGUUUUCCCCAUGCAUCCCACCAGCAUCAGUGGAGUGGAGGACAUGUCCACUCUGGCCGAGUUACACGAGGCCGCCAUCAUGCACAACCUCUCCCUGCGAUACCAGAAGGACCUCAUUUAUACUAACAUUGGCUCCAUCCUGGCAGCCGUGAACCCUUAUAAGCAGAUACCAGGUCUGUAUACCGUCGAGGCAGUGGAUGUGUACAGUAGACAUCACCUGGGUGAACUACCUCCACACAUCUUUGCCGUGGCCAAUGAGUGUUACCGCUGUCUGUGGAAGAGACACGGCAGUCAGUGUGUGCUCAUCAGUGGAGAGAGUGGUGCUGGGAAAACAGAAAGCACCAAACUGCUGCUGAAGUUCCUGUCUGUCAAGAGUCAGAACUCCACAGGCUCUCCGCUGUCAGAGAGGACCACCAGAGUAGAGCAGGCCAUCGUACAGAGCAGUCCAAUAAUGGAGGCUUUUGGAAAUGCAAAAACUGUUUACAACAACAACUCCAGUCGCUUUGGCAAGUUCAUUCAGCUUCACUUCUCUCAGAGUGGAAAUAUCCAGGGCGGCUGUAUUAUUGAUUAUUUACUUGAAAAGAAUCGAGUUGUGCGGCAGAAUCCGGGAGAGAGGAACUACCAUAUUUUCUAUGCAUUGUUGUCAGGUGCUAAGUAUGAGCACAGAGAAAUGUACAUGCUGGCUGAUUCUCCUGAGGCUUAUCAUUACCUCAACCAGUCCGGCUGUGUGAAAGACAGAAGCCUGGAUGACAAACACCUCUAUGAUAGUGUGAUGGAAGCAUUGAAGGUGAUGGAAUUCACUGAGGAAGAGAUCCGUGAUGUCUUCAAGCUGCUCUCUGGGGUCUUACAGAUCGGCAACAUUGAGUUCAUGACUGCAGGGGGUGCUCAGAUCACCACUAAAGGAGUGGUCAGUGUCGUCAGUGAUCUGCUGGGACUCGACUCCUUUCAGCUGUCUGAGGUUCUGACUCAGCGGUCCAUGAUCCUGAGAGGAGAAGAGAUCUGCUCACCCCUCACUGUGGAACAGGCAAUUGAUUCCCGGGACUCUGUGGCCAUGGCAUUGUAUUCCCAGUGUUUUUCUUGGAUCAUCACCAGAAUUAACCAGAAAAUCAAAGGAAAGGACAACUUCAAGUCCAUUGGCAUUUUGGAUAUAUUUGGCUUUGAGAACUUUGAGGUGAACCGUUUCGAACAGUUCACCAUUAACUAUGCCAACGAGAAGCUCCAGGAGUACUUCAACAAGCACAUCUUCUCCCUGGAGCAGCUUGAAUAUAACAGGGAGGGGAUACACUGGGAAGCCAUCGACUGGAUGGACAACGCAGAGUGUUUGGAUCUGAUCGAAAAGAAACUGGGCAUGUUGGCUCUUAUCAAUGAGGAGAGCAGAUUCCCUAAAGGCACGGACUACACCCUGCUGGAGAAACUCCAUAGCCGGCAUGCUACAAACCCUUACUAUGUGAAACCAAGAGUGGCAGAUCACCAGUUUGGUAUUAAACAUUAUGCUGGAGAGAAACAAACACUUUUUUUAAAAUACAGCCUAGAAUUUAUAGUGUGUCUCGCCAGGCUUGACUUCAUCUAUGACCUGUUUGAGCGGGUUGGUAGCAGGAAUGGAGAUGAGACGCUGAAGAUGGGCACUGCCCGCCGCAAACCCACCGUCAGCUCUCAGUUCAGGGACUCUCUUCAUGCACUGAUGGCCACUUUAAGUGCCUCCAACCCUUUCUUUGUGCGCUGCAUCAAACCUAACAUGGAGAAGACCUACCCUCUUCCCUCUCUCUCCUUGUCUUUCUUCUUUGGUGCCUUGCAGGUGUUCCUGAAAGAAGCUUUGGAGCAGAGGCUGGAGAAGCAAAGAGAGGAGGUGCGCACAGUGGCUGGUAUGGUGAUCCGGGCCCACAUACUAAGUUAUGUGGCAAGAAAAAACUAUAAAAAAGUCCGGAUCAGCACCAUCACUAUCCAAAAGAACUACCGCGCUCACUUCUGGAGACAAGCUUUCCUGCGUUUCCGCUCUGCUGCCGUGGUCCUCCAGAAACACAUCCGCGGACAGAUCGCUCGACAACUCUACCGGCAGCUCUUGGAGGAAAAACGGAGUAGAGAAGAGGAGGAGAGAAUCAGAAGAGUGGAAAAAGAGAGGAGACGACAAGAGGAGCUGAGGAGGCUUGAAGAAGAGAGACUAAGACAAGAGGAAGAAAGAAAGAGGGAAGAGGAGGAGAGACAGAGGCUUCAAGAAGAGGAACGGAGAAGGAAAGAAGAGGAAGAGAAGGCUUUACGGAUACAGCAGGAAGAGGAAGAGUCAAACAGGAGGCAGGAAGAGCUGAAGAACAAACAGAUACUGGAGGAUAGAGAGGCAGGGCACAGCAGGAGUCUAGUGGAGAAAAAUCAUCACAACCACAAGAAGGACGUGUCCCACAGCCUGUGCCAGUACUCGUCUGAAGAGGAGAGUCGUCAGAUGGAGGAGAUCCUGCGGCUGGAGCGAGAGAUUGAACGGCUGCAGAGACAGAGAGACGAAGGGGUGUCCUUGCUGAACGGUAGCUCCAGAGACGAAGUACGGCAGAAGAGGGACGCCGAGAUCUACCGCCUGGAGAAAGAGGCUUCACGUGUGGCUACUGAGUUCCUGGAGAUGCUGGACUUUGGAGGAUUGGAGCAGUCGCUCUCCAGCGAGGAGAACCUUCAUGACCCGUCAGAGACCACCGCACCUCUGGCCGAGGAGGAGGUGGAUGAAGGCUUCCACGCGGACGACGAGUGUAUCCCACUCCGUGACUUUCCUCUCCCAGCUGCCGUGCCCAUGGACAAAGAGAUUCUCUCCAGUCUUCCGCCUCCACCGCUCGCCUUUGCUGAAGGUCUGGUGGCCACGUCCUCACCUGCACGGAUGGAGAGGCCAAAAUCCAAUUCCUCCAUCAAACAAAACAGACUUUCAGACAUUCCCCCCCCUCCAAAUAUAGCUCCACCCCCUCCUCCGCCUUCACUGCCAUCAACCACAGGAGAUUAUGGAGUGGUGUAUAAAAACGCUAGGAAGACGAUAACAGAGAUUGUACUGCCAGUGGAGGAAACCAGCUUCAGUAUUCUGCCUGACACAGAGUCAGACUAUGACCAAGAGGAGUUUGAGGAGGCGCUGGGGAGUUGUGGGGAUGCAGGAAGUACUAAUGACGGACACCUCACUGAUGAGGAAGUGCUACAUAGAUCUUCCUGUACCUACAACAGCACAGACUCCUUUAGAGGAAGUUCUGACUCAUUCAUUGACAGCAAUGAUGAGAAUGAUGGAUAUGUGGAUACAGACGAGGAGGUGUCCAAUGGUAGAGUGCAUUUGCUAAACGGAAGUGGACCUCCUUAUUUCCACAGCUACCUGUAUAUGAAAAGUGGACUGAUGAUCCCGUGGCGCAGGCGCUGGUGUGUUUUGAAAGACGAGACUUUCAUGUGGUUCAGGGCAAAGCAGGAUUCUCUCAAGUCAGGCUGGCUGUACAAGAAAGGUGGAGGAAUGUCCACUCUGUCCCGCAGAAACUGGAAGAUGCGCUGGUUCGUCCUUCGAGACUCUAAACUCAUGUAUUUUGAGAACGACAGUGAGGAGAAACUGAAGGGAACCAUUGACAUUCGAGCUACCAAGGAGAUUUUAGACAACCAUGAGAAGGAGAAUGCACUGAAUAUUGUGACCGAGGACAGGACUUACCAGAUCUAUGCAGAAUCUCCUGAGGAUGCUAGUGGCUGGUUCAAUGUGCUGAGCCACGUCCACAGUGCCACUCCAGAACAGCUUGUGCAGAUGCAGCAUGAACAGGCCAACCCCAAGAACGCAGUCGGAACACUGGAUGUUGGGCUUAUCGACUCUGUAUGUGCCUCUGACAGUCCGGACAGGCCAAACUCAUUCGUUAUAAUCACUGCUAAUCGUGUGAUUCAUUGCAACACUGACACGCCAGAGGAAAUGCACCACUGGAUCGGCCUUCUGCAGAAGCCUAAAGGAGACUCAAGAAUAGACGGCCAGGAGUUCAUAGUGAGAGGUUGGCUGCAUAAAGAGAUGAAGUCCAGUGGGAAGAGCACAUCUCUCAAGCUCAAGAAACGCUGGUUUGUUCUGACCAAUAACUCACUGGAUUAUUAUAAAUCAUCAGAGCGCAGCGCCUCUAAACUGGGAACACUGGUGCUCAACAGCCUGUGCUCGGUUGUUCAGCCUGAUGAGAAAGUUUACAAGGAGACAGGUUACUGGAACAUAAUAGUCCAUGGGAGGAAGCAUUCUUACCGUCUCUACACCAAACUACUGAACGAAGCCAUGAGAUGGGCUUCAGCCAUUCAGGUGGCCAUUGACAACAAGGUUCCCAUAGAAACGCCUACCCAGCAACUCAUCCGAGAUAUCAAGGAGAGCAGUCUUAAUGUGGAGGCUGUUGAGCAGAUGUACUGGAGGAACCCCAUCCUGAGAUACACACAGCACCCACUGCACUCGCCCCUGCUGCCUCUGCCGUACGGAGAGGUCAAUUCCAGCUUGCAAAAAGAGAAAGGCUACACUAGCCUGCAAGAUGAGGCAGUCAAGAUCUUUAACUCAUUACAGGAGAUGGAAGCUGUGCCAGACCCAAUGCCCAUCAUUCAAGGCAUUUUACAGACAUGUCAAGAUCUGCGGCCGCUCAGAGAUGAAGUCUAUUGUCAGCUGAUCAAACAAACCAAUCAUGUGCCUCAACCCAACAGCUCUGCCAACCACGCACACUGGCAUCUGCUCACCUGCAUGAGCUGCACCUUCCUGCCCAGCCGCGGCAUCCUCAGAUACCUCCGAUUCCACCUGAAAAGGAUAAAGGAGCUGUUCCCUGGAACAGAAAUAGAGAUGUUCGCUGUGUUCAUUGGCGAGUCACUGAAAAAGACAAAAGUGCGGGAGUUUGUGCCUUCGCAAGAGGAGAUCAUCGCCCUUUUGCACAGACGGGAGAUGACGACCACUGUUUACUGCCAUGGUGGAGGCUCCUGCAAGAUUUCAAUCAACUCUCACACUACUGCAGGAGAGGUGGUAGAGAAACUGAUCCGAGGCUUGGCUAUGGAGGACAGCAGGAACAUGUUUGCUUUGUUUGAGCAUAGCAACUUGAUCGACCGGGCCGUUGAGAGCAGGGUGAUUGUGGCCGAUGUGCUGGCCAAGUUCGAGAGGCUGGCAGGAAGUGAAGUGGAGGAAGAUGGCCCAUGGAAGCUAUACUUCAAACUGUAUUGUUUCUUGGAUGUGGAGAGCAUGCCCAAGGAAGGAGUGGAGUUUGUCUUCAUGUUUGAGCAGGCUCAUGAAUGUUUAAUAAGCGGUCACUUUCCUGCCCAUGAGGACACCCUCCAGCACCUGGCUGCUUUGCGUCUGCAGUACCUGUAUGGGGAUGUGUCUCGGGUGAACUGGAGCUUGGACAGCGUCUACCCCACCGGCCGUUUGCGCAGCCGCAUACUUCAGUUCACCAAAGUAGGAGGAGCAGCCGGAUCGGGACAAACCCUGGAAAGGAGGAGAACGAGCUUCCUGGACGGCACACUGAGGCGGGGGCUGAAGACAGGCACCAUGAAGAAGCAGCGCAGCAUGCAGGAGGAACAAAUGAUGGAAAUGUGGAUCAAGGAAGAGACUUCAGCCACCAGGGCCAACAUUAUGGAAAAAUGGAAUCGGCUGCAUGGACUGGAUCAGCACCAAGCCAUGCUCAAAUACAUGAACAUCAUUAAAGAGUGGCCUGGGUAUGGAUCAACGCUGUUUGAUGUGGAGUGUAAAGAAGGUGGUUUCCCUCAUGAUCUCUGGCUGAGCGUGAGUGCCGAGAACGUGUCUGUGUAUAAGCGAGGAGAGGCCAAACCUCUGGAGACUUUCCCCUAUGAACACAUUGUCUUCUUUGGAGCUCCUCACGCCAGCACAUACAAGAUCACCGUGGAUGGGAGGGACAUGUUCUUUGAGACACCUCAGAAUGUUUUUUAA